ACACAAUGCCUGCACUCAAACUCGACUCCGACGGUGGCGAGCUCACCUACACGGACAGCGGUGUGCCUCGCUCGGCUACAGAUGCACCGUACAUCACAGUCUUCGUCGUGCAUGGUAUCAUAUUCAACAAUCUGAUAUUCAAGCGACUGCAAGCCAUAGCACAUACCGCCAACUUGCGCAUCGUCGCGAUCAACCGACGUGGAUUUGGGGGAUCCACACCAGUAUCUGAGCACUCGGCGAAACUGCUUAGCACUGGUACAGACGCGGAGAAGCUCAAGGUCUCUGAUGAACUCUGCAACGAGAUCGGGUACUUCGUGGACGCUUUCGUGCAAAAGGAAGACAUACCACCCAUCUCCAGUGAUCGCCAGGGCGGCGGGCUUGCCAUCCUAGGCUGGUCCGCAGGCACAGGCUAUGUCACCCGGGCCAUUGCCAACAUUAGCAGCUACCCACCCGAGACGCGAGCACGUCUCGCUCGGUACGUGCGGGCUCUCAUCAUAGAGGACCCGCCAUCACUCGCUCUCGGUUAUUCGCUGCCAGCAGAGACUUGGACGCACAACCAAAUCCUGUCGAUCCCUGAGCAGCAGCGCGAGCAGCUCGGCCUCCAGUGGCUCACAGCUUACUUCGACCAUGGCGACUUGUCCACGCGCGACAAGAGCCCGCGCGCACCUACGAUCUACAAUAUGUCCGCGGAGGAGCGUACUGCAAUGAUUGAGCCCGUGAAGGAGUUGCCGAUCAUGCUUGGCAUGUUCCCUUCUGCGCUGUCGGCAUUCCGCAAGGCGUGUUUCGACAGCGACGUGCGCUCGCUGUUGCCGGAAAUGAAAGUAUGGCAUUUGGGCUGCGACGCAGCGCCGUCGUUUGGCAUCGCAGCGUACUUCGACAUCCUGGCGGACCACGAGGCCAACGGAGGCGGGCUGAUCAACUUCAGGAUGAUCCCGGGCGGGAAUCACUUCCCACAUUGGGACGAUCCUGAGAAGACGCUGCAAGCGCUUGUUGAAGCGGUACAGUAGACGUAUAGACUGUCUGUAUCCAUCCAAACGGCAUGUACAUAUGUACAUAGAGAUCCUGGUUGCCAAGUAGACGUGAUGGGACCAGAUAUUGGUUUCCGCUCGCGCCCGUCAGUGGACCGAGGAUUUACAACCACGUCGGGGAGGGUCAAGGGAAGACGUAGAAAUGUACGCACUGUGGUAUAAUGUGUCGAAUGUCCUACCGUCAACAAGCCCACG